AUGGCUACUGCCUCCACCGCACGCCCGACGCCUCUGGCGCUCGCGCUGCAGGCGCAAUGGAACCUCCUGCAGCAAAACCUUCAACUGGGGGUCAUCCCCGCCACUGCUGAGCGUGACCUCCUGAGGGUGUUGGAGUCCCUGCCGGAAAACAAAGCCAACAUAUUGUCCAAUGUGGAGGGGGUGCUGCCGUACGUCUUGGCAUUCGCUGUGGCGCCCAUCCCGAGUGAGCGGACGCAGGUGAUCGCCCUCGGAGCGAUGCAGGCGAUCGUUGGCUCACUCACCACGGUGUGGGGCAAAAAGGCGGCAGCGGUGCUGGUGCACGACUUCCUGACCGUGGAGCACAACGCGCUUCACGCACUGGGGGUGACGCUCUCGGUCGCCCUUGACGACGACUCGGCGGCGGAGGCGGAAGCGGAGGCGGAGGAAGCCGUGUUGGAGGCGAAAAGAGGCAAGUCCGGGAAGCCGCUGGGGCGAAGUCGCGACGCCGCCCUCACAGAAACGCGGAGCGCCAUCGUGGGUGGGGCGCUGGAGUUCCUCCUCAUGCUUGUAACCUUAUCUGCACCCACCGCGGCGGCGGCGCUGACGCACCCCAAACUCAUUCAGGCCCUCCUCCGCUGUCUCCCGCGGACCACGCCAACGCAGGCCUGUGAUGUGGCCAGCAUUUUGCUCACCCUGAGCGCCGUGGAGGGGGCGGCGGAGGUGCUGGUGGCAUGUAGGGCCUACCACAGCGUCCUGCAUUACAUUAGAACUUGUGCGGGUGGCGGCGACGGCGUGUCGCACCCCAACGCGACGAUGACGGCGAUGUGUUUGUUUUUGCGAGUUGCGGUUCACCUGGCAGGAAAUCCGGCUGCCUUCGUGGUCCUACAGGAAGACCCCACCGCACCCCAAGUGAUGGAGAAGCUUCUGCGUAGCCAAUGGGGGGAAGUCGUCGCCACUGCCUGUCAGUGGCUUGCCACAAUCAUGGAGCAGCACCCGAAAAACUGCGUCGGGUUCGUCUCCGACCUGCUUCUCAAGACGCUGGUUGGCGAGCAGCUCUCUGGUAUGUUGCUCUGGCCGUCAAAUAUGAGGCAGUACGCGGUAUGGGCGGCACUCUGCUGGAGGUGGGUUUCUCUCGUCGCCCCCGCCGUUGCAGGCUCCUUUCUGGUUUCGAACCCCAACGCUCUCUUCUCCCUCGUGCAGUCACUAGCGACUACCUCACUGCCGCCACAGCGGCAGCUCUCGUCGCGCACGGAAACUGCGUUUGGCCCCCAUGAAAAGAGUAGUGAGGGCCACGCGUUGCGCCAGCUGCUUAUCGAGGUCGCGUGUGCAUUAGGAAUUUGUCAUGGGCUGGUAGAUAAGAGGUUGCGGGCGGCAAUGCAUCGAGUGAUACUUCACCGGCUUUCGCCCGUGACGCAGGGGGAGCUGCAGAAGCGUCUUGUGGCUGUCUUUGCAGGCGUAGAGGCGUCCUACUUUGACGGGUAUCCCGCCGUGCCGCUGCCGCGCCACAACGCAAACCCGCGUCAUUGUUCCCCCUCAGACAAUCACCUCGUGGAGUCCGCCACGGAGACGGAGGAUGACGCCAGUGACGAGGCGACGGCGAGGCAGCGGGACGGGAAUGACGCUGACGGGGUUUAUUUACUCUGUACGGGGGAACAGUGGCGCCGCUUCAUGCUUCGCUCGCUGACGCGCCUCUUCCGCGGCAGUGCACGCGGGACGGUGACUUCCCUCGGCGCAGUUGUGCGGGCGCGUCACAAUUUGUGCGACCACCGCGCCCUUACUGUCGCCACCCACACCACCACGACAGCGACGCCCGUGCCUCAGCUGGGCGUGGUGCAGCGAGCGGAGGAGAUGGGCGGCACGUUUUACCUGGACAGCAUCCGUGUGGUUUUGCGGCUGGCGCACCACUACAAACACGCCUCCGCGGGGGGAGACGCUACAGCUGCCGGGGCGUGUCGCUCGGCCUCGGCGCGUUCCUCGAGCCGCGGGGGCAAAGCCCCGAAUCCGUGGGCGCCGCCGGAGAAGGUGGAAUCCUCACGGCGCUGGGGGGUGGAGGAGGUGCAGCGGUCCGAUGUCGUUUUGUUUUUCGUUGCGUACGACGACGACAUUGUCGCGGGGCUGGCGGAGGCGGUGGCGGCGGUGGCGGAGCACACGCAGAGGCUCGGCCGGCAGCUGCAGGUGUGCCCCACCCGGGCGCUGCAGCGGCGCUGCGUGCUGAAUGACCUCUACCUGCACGUGUACCCAGCGAUGCACAUGUGCCUUCGGUUUAUUCAGCACCACCUCGCACGCUCACAGCCGGUGCUGCAGAUCAUCGCGGAUAACGAGCGGGCAGUGCACUCGGGGAACAUAUUGGACCUCUACGAGGCCGUUGGGCACUGCGUCGGUGGCGGUGCGCCGCUGUCGUCGUUGUGGGACGCCACAAUAGAGAGUCGCUGA